GAUGAGCAAGCAACGUAAUAGUUUGCAAUCAAUUUUCUUUUCAUUGUCUCUCUUAACUCCCCCAUUAUUAGUUUUUUUUUUUUGGCUAAAGUUCUCCAAAAUUUCAUUCCUAAAAUGCAGGAGAAAGUUGUAUUCAAGUUAGACGUUUAUGACGAAAGAAUCAGACAGAAAGCUAUGACUCUUGUCAGUGAGUUUUCAGGAGUUACUUCGAUAGACUUGAAGGAACAAGGUAAACUAAAAGUGACUGGAGCAUUUGAUAAGUUUGUAAUGACGAAGAAACUAAAGAAGAUAUAUGAAUAUGCUGAUAUAAUCGGGGUUGAACCGGAUGGAGAACCGGUGCAAAAUCGCAAUCAGGUUAAAGUGCCUAAACCGAAAGUGAAUAAGCCUAUAAGGCAAACAAAAGUGACCAAGCCUACGACAACUUACCCUCGUCGGAAACCAGGUCAAGCUAAGAACUCGGAUGCUUGUAUCAUCCUGUGAACAUAUGUACUUCUUUUUUUUUUUUUUAUCAAAAAGAUCACCACCUUAAGAAAGAGGAAAUCUCUUUUUUUUUUUU